AUCAUGGGCUUUUGAUUGUGAAAGUGAUAUUUCACGUCAGACGACGGCAUUACAUGUCUGCCAACUGACGGCGGCUUUACACCAGUGAAGCAGUUUUUACCCUACCGUGAGAAUUUACCAGGAGAAAAAGGUUCCGGUAAAUUUGCGUGGAAGUGGAGGGAAAGGCGGAGGUUGACUGUGGUCUCUGUCUGCGCUGAUUCGUCUCGAGGAUUUCACAGUCAAAUGUCUGUAUGAAUGCAAGUAAAUAUUAGGUAGAGAAAAAAUGAGGGUUUGAAAGUGGCGAGAUUGCUUCAAGGACACGGCCACGGCCUUACCGGUGAACCCUUGACCCGAGAAAUCAAGAAUGGAAGAAUGAAAAGCGAAAGAAUGAGGGUUUUCUUGGUCGGGUAGGGUUUGAAACCCUGCGAGGGCGCAGCGGGCAGAGGAGGAGUGAGAAAUGGGGAACAGCUGCUGCAGAUCUAGCGUAGGACCGAAGAAGACGCGGAAAGGUAAGCAGAAACCGAAUCCAUUUGCUCAUGACUUCAAGACUGGCGGGGAGGUGUCCGUUCUGAAGGGAACUGCUGUGGGACGCAAUAUCCACGACAAGUAUGUGCUCGGAAAGGAGCUCGGCAGAGGCGAGUUCGGCAUUACUUACCUCUGUACUGACAAGGAGACGGACGAGCAGUUGGCCUGUAAGUCCAUCUCCAAGCGAAAACUCAGAACUGCUAUCGACAUUGAAGAUGUGAGGAGGGAAGUGGCCAUAAUGAACAAUUUGCCAAAGCAUCCCAACAUUGUGAGUUUGAAGGCUACUUACGAGGACGAGAGCGCAGUGCAUCUCGUAAUGGAGCUGUGUGAAGGCGGGGAGCUUUUUGACAGGAUCGUCGCACGUGGACACUACACUGAGCGCGCUGCCGCCGCUGUUACUCGCACCAUUGUUGAAGUAGUUCAGAUGUGUCACAAGCACGGGGUCAUGCAUCGGGACCUCAAGCCCGAGAAUUUUCUCUUUGCAAACAACAAGGAAAAUUCCGCAUUGAAAGCUAUUGAUUUUGGCCUCUCUGUCUUCUUUAAACCUGGGGAGCAGUUUUCAGAAAUAGUUGGCAGUCCAUACUAUAUGGCACCUGAGGUUUUGAAGCGUAGGUAUGGACCAGAGGUUGAUGUCUGGAGUGCAGGGGUCAUUCUUUACAUUUUAUUGUGUGGAGUCCCACCAUUUUGGGCUGAAACUGAGCAGGGUGUUGCCCAGGCUAUUCUUCGUGGUGCAAUUGACUUCAAAAGAGAUCCAUGGCCAAAAGUUUCUGAGCAUGCUAAGAAUCUUGUUCGGCAGAUGCUUGAGCCUGAUCCCAAGCUUAGAUUAACAGCUCAGCAAGUGCUAGAUCAUACAUGGUUGCACAAUGCCAAAAAAGCACCAAAUGUUCCUCUUGGGGAUGUGGUCAGGGCAAGGCUCAAACAGUUCUCUGUGAUGAACAGAUUCAAAAAGAGAGCUUUGAGGGUUAUUGCAGAACAUUUAUCUGUGGAAGAAGUAGAGGGCAUCAGAGAGAUGUUUAAGACAAUGGACACAAAUAACAAUGGUUCAAUAUCCUUUGAGGAGCUGAAGGCAGGUCUUCAUAAGGCUGGCUCGCAAUUAACGGAGCAAGAAGUCCAGCUGCUAAUGGAAUCUGCUGAUGUUCAUAAGAAUGGCAAGCUAGAGUUUGGAGAGUUUGUUGCAGUUUCAGUUCAUUUGCAGAGAAUGGACAAUGAUGAGCAUUUACGAAAAGCUUUUACUUUCUUUGAUAAAAAUGGGAGUGGCUAUAUUGAAAUUGACGAGCUUAAAGAAGGCCUAGCUGAUGGCCUUGGUCAAGAUGAUGAAGAGGUGCUGAAUGACAUUGUUCGUGAAGUGGAUACAGACAAGGAUGGUCGCAUCAGCUAUGAAGAAUUUGUUGCCAUGAUGAAAACUGGUACCGAUUGGAGAAAAGCCUCACGCCAUUAUUCACGUGAAAGGUUCAAUAAUCUGAGUGUCAGAUUGAUGAAAGAUGGCUCCCUGCAGAUGACCAAUGAUGAUAAAAGAUGAACUAGUUUGGAAAACUGGGCCUGUAUAGUGCACUAUUAAGAGGAUUUAGGAGUCUUGUCUUUGUCUAUGGGAAUAUCUGAGGUUUAAUCAUGAUCUGGUUUUAGAAUUGUAUUUCUUUUUAUGGCUCAUUGAUUGUGUUAUAUUGUUAUUUCAGUUGCAAUGUGGUGAGUCUUGUCUUAUGUCGUACUGAGGCUCUCCUAUAUUCCGAAAGGAGUUAUAACAUCAGUGAAUGUGAUAUCAGCUGCAUGGUCUUGACUUAUGGAUUAGCUAGCCUUGCCUUGCAAUUGAAAGCUAAUGAUUUCAUAGAAUAGUUCAUGGCCACAAGAAAGGAUUGCUCAGAAGAUGAGUCGGCAUUUUUCUUGGCUUGUGUUCGAUGUUGGGGGUUUUCUUGGCUUGGUCCCACUUUGUUUGGGCCUGCUUGAUCUGAUUAAAACUGUAAGGCUGGCUAAUGGGGUUGAAGUAAUGAAUGGUAGCGUAUAUCCAUGUGUUAAGAUAAUUUUAGUUAUUGGAAUUUCAGUACCUGUUCCGAGUUUGGAUUUUAAAUGAGUAGGAAGUACUGUCACCUACUGAUUUAGCAAGAUUUGACAGUUUGUAUUUGUCACAUGUAACAUUUCAUUGUGCUGUUUUUACAACUUUUCUGCUCAAAAGAAGCAUUUAUUAGAGCCUCAGUUUGUCUUAUGCUGUAUGCCAUUCUCUAUGGUACUACGGAGUAGGCAAUGGGAGAUCAAGACAAUACAAGGGUGAGCAGUCUAUUGGUUUUCUGUGGAUACAUAAAGGUUUGUUUAUUUUGUGACGCUGGUGAGCUAAUUCAUUAUGAAUAUUCAUUUGUUAACA